AUGAUGGGGCUUUUGCUAAGGCUGCCAUGGUUUAUGGUCAUUGGACUGUUUAGCUGGUUUUGCUCUAGUCAGCUGAUUUUCUUUCCAACUGGUUCUCUCUGUGAUGUGGUGCUUUCAGUUUGGAGGACUCUGCUGGUUUCCCUUGUUCCUGCUGGUUUUUCAGGCAACAUCUGUUUCUUUAAUGCUGUUGUGGGGGUUCUCAUGUUGCUUUUCUGCUGCUUGUUGUCUGGAUGCACUGUUCAUGUGAAUUGCUUCGCGAUUGCUGCGGAUUGUCUCUUCCAGCUGAUCUCACUUGGUUUAUUGGCUGGAACACACGGGAUCCCAGCUGGUUUCUCUUAUGGUGUUACUGCUGCCUUUUCUGAUGAAUUUCAGCUGCCUCUGCUCUCCCCCUUUGCAGCUGCUUUUCAUGCCUAUGGUUUUUUGGCUUGUUGGGCAUUGUCUUUGUGCUCUGUUUGGUUGCUGCUGCUGAUGGGGCAUCUACGGUUAUGGUUCACAGGCUGCUCAGCUGGACUUUCAGCUGGUCUAGGUGGUGCUCUGGUGGUGUUCCUUCUUUGUUGCCUCCUUGCGCCAAUCUCGUGGCCCACUCUCUGCUGUCUCGUGCUGUUAUUUUAUGCUUCUCCAGCUGGUUUUUCAGCCGCUUUUCAAGCUUUUGCGCCAUUCUGCUGUUCCUUUGCGCCUUUGGCUUAUGUUGAAGUUCUUCUUUGUCUUUUGAAGGAUUAA